CCCGAGCCACGACUUUGCCCCGCCCCUUGCCCACAGGUCUGCGCACCCGCUUGUAUGGAGAACUGCUGUAGCACACCUGUACCUCCUCCAUGUGCCGCUCCUGCCCCCUGUCCUAUGCCAAUGCCCAUGCCCAUGCCCAUGCCAGCACCCAUGCCAGCUCCUUGCCCCACUUCCUGUGCCCCGUUGAACCUUCCAUCGUGUUGCCAGGCACCUCCCCCACCCCCUCCCCCUCCUCCACCACCACCUCCCCCUUCAGGUCCUCCGGUUGUGCUCUGCGGACAGACCUGUGUAGAUGGCUGUGGACCUCAGUGCCCCCCACAAUGCUGCAAGCACCACAAGAGAGGAGACCUGAAGAAGGGAGGACGCAAACGACACCACUAAAACGACUUUAUAACCACUCAUAAACUCAGCUGUAAAUAGAAUUACAUCAAUUGCACUCUCCUCCAUAAUUAUACACAACGUGAUCAAUGCUGCACCCCAGGAGUACUAUCACUAGCUCCGAUCGUAUUUCUGUAAUGAAUUGCAUUUUGAUAAGCCAAUUAUUUGCACUAAAUUGUAAAGUAAAUUUUGUGGUCUUUGCAAAGAAAACUACGAAUUGAUUUUAUAGAAUGACUUUAAGGAAUAAAUUUGCGAUGAUUAAAACAUUUUGGCAUAUGUUUCUUUAUACUUUGAAAGAGGCAGUAUCAUGCUAUUUAGAAUCGUUUUAAAAAAACUCAAAAGAUUUUUAUCAACUCGCUUAAACUCGCGACUUUAUCAUCACUUUUAUCACAAUCAUUCAAUUUUAAACUCUAACCUCCAGUAGUUUCCAUUGAAAUGAACGUAGAAAUAUCUAAAUUUUGUUUUGUUAUACUCUUAACCCACGAAUUACACGAGUCAAAGUGGACGCCUUUCUUCUAAGACAACUUAAACGGAUGGUUUUAGACAGCAUGGUAGAGCCUCUUUGACUAGCAUCUUCUUUCUGCUCCAAGGCUUCCUAUCUUUAACUUCUCACUAAGCUUUCUAAGCUUGUAUAUUUGACAACAACAACAAAAUGCAAACCAAAAAGUCGAAAAAGCUAAAGAAAGAGAAAUGAAGCACACAUUUAGGAGAUUGAGUUAAAGCUCGGAAGCCUUGAAGUGUUUAUAAGCUUCCGUAAAUUGCAAACAAAUUUUACAUUUAAGGUAACAAAAUGUGCUCUUUACUUCUCUUUUUGGCCAGAAAGGUCAACUUUUGGAAACUUUAAGUAGUGUUGUUGUCAAAAGUGCAAGCUAAUCUUUUCCUUCUUCUGUUUUUCUAUAGUUUCACCAGAACCAACCGCAAAAGCACUACCAUAUAAGGUAGUUGGUCCGCUGGGAGGCCACCCACAUCCGGGACCUCCAUCGGCGAGCAAUCCUUGUCCACAACCUCGAUACUGUGAUCCCGCCAGAUGCAAGGAUCCAAUUGGUUGUGCCCCUUCAUGUUCAGAUAUCUGUUGUGCGGAUAUUCUUAUACCACCCCCUACCCCUCCAGUAGGAUCCGGAGCAGGUCCAUGCCCCCAGACAUGUGCACCAAAUUACCUCCCUGACUGCUGCAUGGGAGCCGCACCUCCUAUGGGCCCGGCCCCAGCAUUUCCCCAACCGGUGUAUCCCCCAAUGGGACCCCAGCCGGGAUUUUCGCCACCCGCUGGUCAGAUACAGCCAGCAUUUGUCCCUCAAGCGCCACCUGCCUCAUGUGAUCAGAGUUGCUACGCAACAAACUGUGCACCACCCUGUCCUCCGACGUGCUGCCGUAGAAAAAAGUCUUUGAUUCAUCAUCAU